AUGACAGACCAACAAUCGCCGGAAGCUGAUUUCGUUGAUGCAGAUGAAAUAGUUGAACAAAUAAAUCUUGAUGAUGAGCUGCAACUGUCAGAGAUGGAGACGGAUGACGAAGAGGGUGAAGCGACAGACGCAGAAAGCGAUGUCGAAGAUUCUGUACAAACGUUUCUCGGACAUAAAGGACCCGUAUAUUCAGUUGAUAUACAUCCUGUAAAUGAAACGACAAUUGCAUCGGGUGGAGGCGAUGAUAAGGGCUUUAUAUGGCAAUCAGAUACCGGAGAACGAUUGUUUGAGUUGUCUGGUCACUCUGACUCUGUAACAUCGGUUCGAUUCAGUACAGAUGGACAAUACGUGGCAACUGCUGGCAUGGAUGGAAAGGUUAAAGUUUGGAAAGUAGAGGAUGGCAGUGAAGUUGUUGUACUUGAAGGACCUGACGGUGAAAUAGAAUGGAUAGACUGGCAUCCAAAAGGAAAUGUUCUUCUUGCUGGAGCAUCGGAUUCAACAAUGUGGAUGUGGUCAAUUCCAUCUGGUGAAUGUAUGAACGUCUUUGCCGGCCAUUCGGCAACAGUUACAGCCGGACAGUUUACACCAGAUGGAAAGAAGAUUGUUAGUGCAUCCGAGGACGUGUCCUUGAUCGUAUGGGAUCCGAAAAUUGCCACGCCAACAUCGAAAAUAUCAGGCGAUGCUAGAUACCAUAGUGAGGGCAUAAUCUGUCUCGCAGUACAUAAAACCAAUCCGUUAGUUAUAACGGGAUCAACAGACCGUACCGCGCGCCUAGUAAAUCUAAACUCGGGGGCAAUACUCGGGUCAUUUGAGAACCAUUCUGAAUCUGUAGAAACCGUUGGUUUCUGUGACAUAUUACCACUAGUAGCGACCGGGUCAACAGAUAACAAAAUAAACAUAUGGGAUGUAACGACAAUGCGACUACGACAAACAUGUCAACACGAUGAUGCUGUUAUAAAACUUCAGUGGCACACAGACUCUCCAUUAUUUACCAGCAGCAGUGCAGACAGGACCGUGCGCCAAUGGGAUGCACGGACAGGAAAGUCUGAGAGAGUGUGGAAAGGCCACCGGGAUAGCAUACUCGGAUUUGCUAUAUCGAGAGAUGGAAAGACGGUCGUUACUGCUGGCGAUGACAAUGUCUGUCGGAUAUUCAAAGUAUAG